AUGGAAAGUGGUCACUAUACGUGUUUCAUAAGACAUCAACACAAUCAGUGGUUCCAGUGUGAUGACCAGAUUAUAUCGAGAGCACCGAUUGAGAAGUUUUUGAAUUUCAAUUUGAAUUUGGCCUUACAGUUAGUGGAAAUAAAACAGGACUUGUUCAGCGCUGUGCCUGUUGCGAUCAUAAUCGUGAUCGUUAGCAUCAAUUUAGUGUGGACAAGUGCCGUUGAACCAUCAUUGGGUUUGCUUAGAAAGUCACCCGGGAAGUUGGCAAAACCGAGUGGUUAUGGCGAGCGACCACGUGGAGUAGCCUUUAACAAUGCGCCAUUGUAUGCGACUGGAGCGAAUUUCACAUGUUUUAGUGGAACGAAAAUGAUUCCGUCAACAUGGGUAAACGAUGACUAUUGCGAU